AUGUCAGGCACAGGCCCGGACUCGAUGCCCACCUCCGCGGACCCCCGCUCCAAGCGUCCCGUCAAGAAGCGCGCCCUCAGCCCGGCCUCGGCCCAGGCCAGCCAGCUGGACGCGCUGUUCGCCCGGCCCGACCAGGAGAUCCGCGUGCCCACGGGGGGCGCCGACCCGGCCCGCCGCCUGCCGCUGCCGCCCGAGAUCGUCACCAACGUCCAGGGCUCAUCCGCCGGCGCCGGGUCCGGCGAGUUCCACGUCUACAAGGCCGCCCGCCGCCGCGAGUACGAGCGCCUGCGCGUCAUGGACGACGAGGUCCGCCGCGAGGCCGACGCCCGCGACUUCGCCGCCAAGAAGGCCGACGCCGAGCGCAAGGACGACGACAAGACGCGCCGGAACCGCGAGAAGAGGGAGAAGAUGAAGGCCCGCAAGGAGAAGGCCAAGACGGCCGCCCAGAAGAAAGGCCCCGGCGCCGACGCUGCUGCUGCUGCUACUGGUGGCGGCGGUGGAGGUGGUGGUCUCAAGCCCAGGGUGGAUGGUGCAAGCAAGCAGGGCGAGGAGGGCCAGGACGGCAAGGCGGCAGAGCACGACAGCACCAACGCGGGUUCCGGGGCCGGCGAAGCCAACGGGGUUACCGCCACCAGCGCUCCGGGUCUGGUAAUACACGAUGAUGAAUGA